AACCAGUCCACCGCCAAAUCGUGAGUGAUUAUGCUUAGUGUGUACCAGUGACCGCGCUCCAAAGUGCUCGACCCGCCCAUCAUCUGCAAACGAUCUUGUCGUUUAAACCCCGGUUUCCAGUCCCGGCCGAAAUUUUCCGCUCAUUGCCGAACUAUGCGUGGUGCGAGAUGGUGUGUUCUCUGACCAACAAUAACAACAACAACACAAGUGGUAAGAGCUGCACGGACACGGAGCCCUGCACGGACUUGCAGUCUCGUUCGAGCCCAGAGGCACAGCCAGGCGAGAACAUGUCGUCGUUGAGCGACGCUCACAGACGGAACAGUCACUUGGAAGGCGACAGAAGUUCGUCUGCGGGUUCAUCUCUGGGCUCGUGUUCGCCGCCUCCUGCAUCCAGCCACUCGCCACCGCCUCCUAGACCGCCUUGGUUGCACGAUUUUCACGCAGCAGCCGCGCCUCAUGUUCUCCAAUUUUUAAAUCUGAGCGCCGCCGGUGGAAGCAUGUUGGCCAGUCAACCAUUGGCAGCGUUGCACUCUAUGGCUGAACGAAGUCACCAUCAGCAACACCAGCAGCACCAGCAGCAACAACAGCAACAACAACAACAGCAGGUUCAUCAUCAACAGCAACAACAAGCUGCCGGGAUUCACUUGCCCAGGAUCAGCGUUCCAUUGUCUACGAUCACUCAAGGGCAGGCUUCACCCACUGGAAGUGGAAAACACAGUCCUGCCACUUCUAUCACCUCCGUCGGAAGCAAUCCGCAUGGCAUCGACACGAUAUUGUCGCGGCCGGCGGCCACGCAUCCUCAGGCGCCUGUGUCCGCCACACAUGCCGCGCUCCAGCCGACGCCGCACCCCCAACACAUGACCGCGCCGAGGUACGGCAUGCACGCGGGAUUCACCGCAUCGUCGGGUAUCGGGCAAUUCCAACAAAGAACGGAGCCACGGCAUCCUGCUGUCUAUUGGCCAGGUCUUCAGGGAUUAGUCAGUGAUCCCCUGGGAUGGCGAGCAAGACUACACACACUGUCGCAACAGCUGGGUUGUCAGCAAACGAUGACAGGCUCCGGUGGAACCGGCGAACACGAGGGCGGCAAGAAGAAACACACCAGGCCGACGUUCAGCGGCCAGCAAAUCUUCGCCCUUGAGAAAACGUUCGAGCAGACGAAAUACCUAGCUGGACCAGAACGUGCUAAAUUGGCCUACGCCCUGGGCAUGUCCGAAUCGCAAGUCAAGGUAUGGUUCCAGAACAGGAGGACAAAAUGGCGGAAAAAGCACGCGGCUGAGAUGGCGACGGCGAAGAGGAGGCAAGAAGAGGUCGAGGGCGUCGUCGCCGAGGGUGAGGAUGGUUGCAGCGACGCGGAGGCUGAGGGAAACAGCGAGACUGCAGCGAAGAGGCUGAGAAGGGAACUCGAGCAACAAUACAGGCAUUAAAACACGCGAAUAAAGAAACGAAAUAAAAGAACGAAUCGAAGGACUAGAUUCACUAGGUAGAUUCGUAAAAGGAUGUGAAAGAGUACGUGGCAAAGAGAAUUUUAGAAAAGGAACAUCAAGACACACCGAUCGUUAAACAUUCCCCUUUUCUUUACUUCUCAUUUUUUCACCGUUUCUUCACAUUGCCAAA